AUGCAGGACAGGGCCAUCAAAGCGAAGGCACCUGUCGAGGAGGACUGGGAAAAGGAGCCGAAAAAAAGGGGUUGGCCGAAGGGCAAAGCGAAAUCGAAGCCGAAAGCGACAGCCAAAGCAAAGGCGAAAGCGAAAGCUGUGGCUAAGCCGGGCAAGGCGAAAGCCAAAGCAAAGGGCAAAGCGAAUGCUGUGGCAAAGCCGGCUGAGGACGAGCCGGGCGAGAGCGAUCCCACAGCAAAGGCGAAAGCUGUGGCAAAGCCGUCUGAGGGCGAGCCGGGCAAGAGCGAUCCGAAGGCGAAAGCCAGAGCAAAGGCGAAAGCCAAAGGGAAAGCUCGUCAGAUGCCGUGUGGGGAUGAGAAGCCAAGCAAGAGGUGCAAGACAGACCCAAAGGAGGACCAGCCGACCUCCGUCUCUUUCGCUCGGCGGAAUCCGCAGAAGGGCGACUCCCUGUGCCUGUGGACAGCCAUCCGCGAUUCCUUUUAUGAGGUUGUGCGACCUUUCGUGAAGUACCCGAGUAAGUACGAGGAGUGCCAAAUGAAAGAUCCCUUUUGGAAGCAUUGCAAGCCGAAGCUGCUCGAGCUGGACAAGACCGACGACUACUUGCAGGUUGCCAAGCAAGAGGCGGCCGACUUUUUGAAGAAGCUGGGGUAA